GCCGGUGCGCGACCCGAGGCCAGUCCCCGCCGGUCCUCGGCAGUCCUCGGGUGUCCUCGGAGAAAGCGAGAGACGACGCUCCGCAGCCUCCGCGCGCGCGCGCGAGAACCGACAGUAUUCGGAGAACCGGUGCCCAGGAACGAGCCGACCCCGACGGAGCGGUGCGCGCGACCCGAGCCGAGGCCCCGCCGAGCACCUGCUCGGAAGAGAACCUGCCGGAGAGCCGAGUCGGAGCUGCGCGCACGGAAGGACUCCGGCAACAACAUGGCCACCGCGAUCGACGACCGGCAGGAGCUGCUCGAGCAGUUUCAAGCGAUCGACCAGAACGGAGAUGGCUUCAUCGACCUGACCGAGCUGCGGAACGCCUUGGACGUCUGCGGUUUCAAGAUGCCGGGGUACAAGGUGCGCCAGAUGAUCGAGGAAUAUGACGACAAGCAGCGCUCCGAGCACAAGGGUCGACUCUCCUUCGACGAGUUCGAGAAGCUCUGCAAGGAGCUCAAGGCCAACGAGCUGGGCUCGACGUUCAAGCAGGUCGUCUCGAAGAAGGAGAAUCUGGAAACCCUCGGAGGGAUAUCCGAGGCCUCCAGCGAGGGGACCACUCAUUCGGUCCGAUUGGAGGAGCAGCUCGCCUUCAGCGACUGGAUAAACACGAACCUGGGCCACGACCCCGACCUCGACCACCUCCUGCCCAUUGACCCGGAAGGCAAAACUCUCUACGACAAAGUCAAGGAUGGAAUAUUGCUCUGCAAAAUCAUCAACCACUCGUGCCCGGACACCAUCGACGAGAGAACGAUCAACAAGAAGAAUCUGACGCUGUACAAGAAGCACGAGAACCUGACCCUGGCCUUGUCCUCCGCCCAGUCCAUCGGCUGCAACAUCGUCAACAUCGACGCCCACGACCUGACGAAGGGCUCCCCGCACUUGGUCCUCGGUCUUCUCUGGCAGAUCAUCAGGAUCGGUCUCUUCAACCAGAUCACGCUGGAGAACUGCCCGGGCCUGGCGACUCUCCUGCAGGACGGCGAACGCAUCGAGAAUCUCCUCAAGCUGUCCCCGGAGUCGAUCCUCCUGAGAUGGGUGAACCACCACCUCGAGAGGGCCGGAAUCGCCAGGAGGUGCAACAAUUUCCAGUCCGACAUCACGGAUUCGGAGAUCUAUACGUAUCUGAUCAAGCAGAUCGCCCCGCACACGGCCGGGGUCACCCUCGAGGCGCUGAUGGAACCGAAUCACACGACCAGGGCGGAAAUCAUGCUCCAGCAGGCCGCGAAACUCGGCUGCCGCAGUUUCGUCACGCCCAGCGACGUCGUCAACGGGAUCUACAAGCUGAAUCUGGCGUUCGUCGCGAACAUGUUCAACAAUUAUCCGGGCCUGGACAAUCCGCAGAACACCAUCGAGGGCCUGGAGUCCCUCGAGGAAACCAGGGAGGAGAAGACCUACAGAAAUUGGAUGAACUCCAUGGGGGUGGCUCCCCAUGUGAAUUGGCUGUACAGCGAUCUGGCGGAUGGGCUGGUCAUCUUCCAGCUCUACGAUAUCAUCAAGCCCGGGACCGUUAACUGGAACAAGGUUCACAAGAAGUUCACCAAGCUGAGGAAGUUCAUGGAAAAGCUCGAGAACUGCAACUACGCCGUGGAGCUGGGGAAGCAGAUGAACUUCUCCUUGGUCGGGAUCGCGGGGCAGGACUUGAACGAUGGCAACAACACUUUAACCCUGGCCUUGAUCUGGCAGCUGAUGAGGUCGUACACCCUCUCGAUUCUGACCUCUCUGGCCGGGACCCAGGGGAGCACCUUCGUCGAAAGGGAGAUCGUCCAGUGGGUCAACACGAAGUUGCAGGGCGCCGGGAAGAGUAGCGGCAUCAAGGGCUUCCAAGAUUACUCCAUCUCGGACGGGAAGGUCGUUAUCGACCUUAUCGAUGCCAUCAAGCCGGGGUCCGUCAACUACGACCUCGUCAAGGAAGGGGGAACCGAGGAGGAAAAUUUGGAUAACGCGAAAUACGCGAUAUCCCUGGCCCGAAAGUGCGGAGCGCGGGUCUACGCGCUUCCGGAGGAUAUAACCGAGGUCAAGCCGAAAAUGGUGAUGACGGUGUUUGCCUGUUUAAUGGCGAUGGACUAUGUGCCCAACAUGGAUUCCGUUAAGCAGAACAACGUCAACAAUAGUCAAUAAUGCCACGCCAACUUUCCGGGGCGGGAUCUUCCCUGUACGCGAGAGCUCGUGACGUGACCGCUCGUACGUUUUUGCCGUCUAACCGUGUCGGACUACCUGUCGCUUACAUUCGUAAUUGUACAUAUUUAGAUUAAGUUAGCUUAUCUCGAAGUACGUGGAAGGGGAUCAAGAGGAGCAGGGACAGUGUCUUACGAGUAUCCCUCCUGAUUAUAUCCGAAUAUACGUAGCGUGACGAAUUUCCAGGAAUGUCGUCGACUUCGAAAAUGAUCGAUCACGGCCUGAAAGUUCGACGAUUGCGUGCCGUUUUAGCUGUGAAAAUUGACGGUAUCCCUGCAAAUUCGCUGCGUGGCCAUUGCGCGUUGACUGGGUCGCGAGGAAUUUUGCUAACAAUGAUGCGUUUUUCUUGCAAACCGUCGACUUUCUACGACGGAUCGAAAAGUAAUUAGAUGAGAAUUUUCUCUUGGAUCAUUGUGGCUUCAACUUUUCCAUUUUACCCGCGGAUAGGAUUAGUAUUAAUUUUUUCACCGUAGGAAUUUUUGUCGCGACUUGCGAGAUCAUCGAGAGCCGCUUUUCUCGGCUGGAUCUCUCGGCGGUUUAAUCGAACCGCUUUCCACGGUUUUUUCCGAUCACGGGAAAUAAGGACGAAUCUUUACACCGUCGAGUCUCGUGAUAUUGUUAGUUUCCUUGGUGAGCGUCGUAAGUGUAUGUAGUUAUUUUACGCAUACGCGCGAUCGAAGCGAAUCGCGUAGGUUACGGUCAGAGAACGUCCCGAGUUGAUUGACUGCGCGACGAGUUUCUUUGCAAAUUCUUCUUCCGUAGGCCCUUAGUACGCAUAUGAUGCAUACAUAUAUUUAUAGAAAAUAUAUAUAUUUCGAUAAGAGCUUAACGUCGAUUUAAACGAUAAAUUGUAAUCGGCUUUUGCCGCCUGCUUAAAAGUUCCACGAAACGGGCGAUUUCUUUGACCGGAAAAUCACAUCGUCGAUCAGACUUUUCUCACAUUUUAUAUCAUAUGUCGUGUAUAAGUAACUAUACAUAAUAUACGUAGAAUAUAUACACACUGUAUAAAACGCGUACAGUGUACGUGUAAGUUCUUGGGUAAAGUCUAUGACCGAGCCCGCGUCAUGAAUUCUACGGAAACGUCGAUUUUCGGUCUAGGUCGUCCGCGCUGUUAAGCGAACAACCGUAACUGUAUCUUCUACUUUUCGAGAUAAAUGUUAUGUUUCGUUGAGACGCUGCGUCGAAUAAAAAAAUACUUGAGAUAAUAA